AGACAGAAAAAGCCCUUGCCCAACGCCCCGCCCCGACCGUCCGUCCGUCACGUCACGCGAUUCCCUCCUGAAGUUUGAUGACGAAGAGACGCGCGCGCGCGCGAGAGCGAGAGAGAUUCGAUACCAUGACAUGAAAACACACGCGCACGAGAACAACCCCCGGCUGGGCAGUAGAGCGACAGUUGCUAGCUCGUUGUUCCCAUUUGACAUCGGCCACCAAGCCGGUGCUUACAAACUUGAGGAUCUCCCGACAUUCCGGUAAGUCUCUUUAAGUUUAUCUGAACAUGACUGGGAACAACGCAGGUUUGGAAAAAAAAGGAAUUCUGCCACACGAGCUUUUCGACAACGACGAUCUACCCCGUGAACCAAAGACGACAUGGAGACAGACAUGCAUCUAGAUCAUAUAAGAUACACAGCCUGCAUGCACAAAGAAAGACAUGAUCAAGCUAGACUCUAUAGACCAAAGGUAGGGAAUAGGAUUCAAGCAGCCGAGCCAGCGAGUGAGCGUGCGUGCGUGCGUACAUCCAACGCCGGUCCAACUCUGGCAAGGAUCGACGCCCAGCGGCCCGCGUCGUGUCGGGGUGAACACGACCGACGACGAAGAAGAAGGGGAUCGUACUUAAGUACGUGGCUCUUCGGCCAAAAGCAUGACUGGUCUUUGAUUCUAACCCGUCUUAUCUUAAUCUUCACUUGUACUUCUACUUUGUACUCCCUAGGGGACUGCAGCCAUAUGUCGUGGUUGAGAGUAACAAGAUCCGGAACAUACGUAGUUAAAAGAAAAACAAGGAAUUCCAAUGCCCCGAUACCCAUGCCAGAAAGACCACCACAUAUCAGGAAGAGAAGAAGAGAAGAAGAGAAGAAGAGAAGAAGAGAAGAAGAGAAGAAGAGAAGAAGAGAAGAAGAGAAGAAGAGAAGAAGAGAAGAAGAGAAGAAGAGAAGGAAAAGUAAUAUAAAAGGGGGGCAACCCGCUGUGCAAAUCGGCCUUUCUGUCGGUGUAUGUCCUUGAAGGAAAGUUUGAUGCUUGCCCUGAACACACUCUGAACCCUCGGCUGGGAGGGGGGGG